AUGGGAUCAGAUUUUAAGAACGAGCUGGAUAACUUGAAGGAAAAGGGACCGGAUAUCGCAAAAGUGCUCAAAAACUCAACGGAAACAUUUGAAAAGUACUUCCAAGAUGGAUUUACGGAGGAAUUCUCGUGGUUUAACCUGAACACGUUCCCGGACCUGCGCCUCGACAACCUGGACAGUCUUCUGGAUAAACUCAGGUCAGCACUUAAGCUUACAAGCCCAUGUGUUGAAGAGGCGAACGAGAUGGUCUCGAAACUGAAUCAUCUGAACGAGAAGGUGGAGUCGAUAAGAGAUAAAAUGAGGAGCAUAAGCGUGACGAGGGACUUCUCGAACCUGUGUGCCCUGGAAAAAAGAAUAAACGAAAACUACUCGAAGCUUAAGUGCGUGGAGAAGCUGAAAACACACCUGAAUCCAAGGGCACUGGACCACUAUAGAGCGGACCUGAGGGACGAGGAGUACGAGGAGUUCAUAAAGAUCGUGCAGUCGGCAGAAAGCCUGAAAAGGUCAAGAGAGUUCUGUUAUUCGCUGAAGAAGUUGGAGGACCUAUCGGAGUCGCCGUCUUUGCUGGAGGCGUUGAAAAAAAUAGACGAUAAUUUUGAAAAAAUAUCAGAAAUGUGCUAUUUAUGGCUAAUACAAAGAACGAAGAGGAUAUCAGUGCUUUCAUCAACACUCACCUCGGACUCGGGAAUAAUAAACGAGCCACUAAUCAACGUAUCGGAGGAAGAAGAUAGAAUAGGAAUAGCGUCGCUGUUUGAGAUUAAUAUAAGCACGCCACGCAGGUCCCAUGGGAAACCAGGUGAAGCAGAUUUUGGCACCAAGUACGGCCCAGAUCAGUACUACAAUGACAAUGAAACAGGCGAAAAUGGCGCUAAGCUGAGUCUGAGGAUGCUGAAGCUUCUGAUCCUGGACCCGAAGUGCCUGGAAAGGUUCCUGAACGACAUAAAUGAGUUUUUAUCGGAGCUGUCGUACAGAAGGUUCAGCCUCCUGCUCCAGUACAUAAAGCUGGACAUGAAGUACAAAAACAACGCAAUCUACGACCUCUUCAUGAACCUGCAGUUGGUGCUGACGCUGAUCAAGUCCUGCGUUAUCUCGCUCUACUACAACUGCGAGCUGAACCUGUACGCAAACCCGUACCUGGACGUGGAAAUAAUGAGCGCACCCAAGUACAUAGAUAAGAUCGCGGAGAAGCUGGUGGCGCCACUCGAGAAUAAGCUGGAGCAGAUACUGAACGCCUCGGGGAUGGAAGCAGACACUCACGAGGGGGCGCACGCCGAAGCUGACUUCUUCGCAAUGGACUCGCAGACCAGCCUUGGCAGCAGCACCGACGAAGGAACCCUGGCCUCAACGGACAUUUAUCAGGACAUCCAGGUGGCAGACAUACUGGACCUGUACGCAGCAGUGCAGAUAUGCAACUUCUACUACAACAAGAUGCUCAACAUACUCAGGCCGCCGUACCUGUGCCCGCAAGCGGGAGCGCGGGAAGGGGACUGCGAGGAGGAGGAAGGCGUGGGGGAGGUGUACUACGCGCCGGAAGACAGCCCAAUACUGCGCGCCUUCGCCGCUAUGUGCGCAAGGUGGAACGACCUGAUAAUCAACAAGCUUCAGCAGAACAUCACGGUGCCGCUGUCCGACGAGCGGACUUCGAGGCGGCUGAACGCGGACGUCGUGGUGGCCACGGUGGCGAACUUCCUGAGCGAAAUCGUGUCGAUUCAGCUGGAGUACUCGGCCUCCGACGACCUGCUGACGAUUCUGCAGAUGACGCUGAAUCCGGUGAUAAACUGGUGCCAGAAGGUGUCGAAGACGCUGGGCGCCAGGGCGCACUUCUUCCUGAUCGCCUCGUUCUCGACGCUGCUGAACGCAAUUCAGUCGCCCUUCGUGAACAGCUCGUUUAAGCUUCUGCUGGAGGACCUCGUGGACAACAACGUCGAGGUCGUAUCGCACGUGGUUCUGGACGCUGCGCUGGCGAAGCUGGGAGGGAGGCUUGUGGAGGUGUCCCCGGUUAAUGUCCAGUUCGCGGGCCCCGAGUUCCUGGAGAGGAUGAGGCAGGUCGUGUACACGAACACGCUGCUCGACUACGUGCCGCCAGAUAUAGCUGAGGGCUUUGCAGAUCUGGACACCACGAGCACGAGGCUGCUCUACAGGCGAGUUUACGGGUUCAUGGCGAGGCUGUACAGGGAGCAUUCUGGCGACCCCAAGGUGGCCAACGACCUGGUGGAGUUGGCGUCUUCAUACGAGUAG